UUAGUUGUGCAUUCGCCUUCUAACUGUCAAGCAGUGAGGUUGGGUGGACCCAUUGACUGUCGCAUGCUAUGGUUUUUGUGAUUUCAGUCAACGUAGAAAACAGUUAAUCUGCAAAACUAUUGUGUUAAACAUCUUUAGUGCGUGUGGAUCGUGUUUUUCAGCAUUACACGUAGCAAUUUACUCGAGAAAACACAAACAUGGCGGACAGUGAUACGAAGCUAGACCGGUCGGACCCGGAGUUGAAAUACCUGUCUGUUGAUAGAAAUAUGUUCAAUGAUCCAGCAACACAAGCAGAAUGGACGCAAAAAAGAUUAGUAUGGGUUCCUCACGAAACGCAUGGUUUCGUUGCUGCUGGCAUAAAAGGGGAGAGAGGCGACGAAGUUGAAGUGGAAAUACAAGACACCGGUAAACGUGUCUUGGUAGCGAAGGAUGACAUUCAGAAGAUGAAUCCUCCCAAAUUCGACAAGGUUGAGGAUAUGGCAGAAUUAACCUGUCUGAACGAAGCAUCAGUGCUGCACAACCUGAAGGACAGAUACUAUUCCGGCCUCAUUUAUACGUAUUCGGGACUGUUCUGCGUGGUGGUGAACCCGUACAAGAAGCUGCCGAUCUACACGGAGAAGAUAAUGGAACGCUACAAGGGCAUCAAGAGGCACGAGGUGCCGCCACACGUCUUCGCCAUCACAGACACUGCAUACCGCUCCAUGCUGCAGGACCGCGAGGAUCAAUCAAUCCUGUGUACUGGAGAAUCUGGUGCUGGCAAGACUGAAAAUACGAAGAAGGUGAUCCAGUAUCUGGCAUAUGUAGCAGCCUCCAAGCCAAAGAGCUCAGCACCACACACUGUCCCGAGCCCAGCACUCAUCAUUGGAGAGCUAGAACAGCAGUUACUCCAGGCGAAUCCAAUUCUUGAAGCAUUUGGAAAUGCAAAGACUGUAAAGAAUGACAACUCUUCCAGAUUUGGGAAAUUCAUCAGGAUAAAUUUCGAUGCAUCUGGUUACAUUGCUGGAGCUAAUAUUGAAACCUAUUUACUUGAGAAAUCAAGAGCAAUUCGUCAAGCUAAGGAUGAAAGGACAUUCCACAUAUUUUAUCAGCUGUUAAUGGGUGCUUCCCCAGAACAGAGAAAGGAAUUCAUCCUGGAAGAUCCUAAAUUGUAUACAUUUCUCUCAAGUGGGGGACACUUACCAGUACCUGGAGUUGAUGAUGUGGCAGAGUUUCAAGCCACUUGCAAGGCCAUGAGUAUAAUGGGGCUUACACCUGAAGAUUUUUCAGCUAUUUUCCGCAUUGUUUCGGCUACUCUUAUGUUUGGCAAUAUGAGAUUCAAGCAGGAAAGGAACUCCGAUCAGGCAACUCUUCCAGAUAAUACAGUGGCACAGAAAGUGGCUCAUUUGUUGGGUCUCAGUGUUACAGAUAUGACAAAGGCCUUCUUGAAGCCUCGCAUAAAAGUUGGCAGGGACUUUGUGACAAAGGCACAGACCAAGGAACAGGUGGAGUUUGCUGUUGAGGCAAUUGCCAAGGCAUGCUACGAGAGGAUGUUCAGGUGGCUGGUUAACAGAAUAAACCGAUCACUGGACAGAACAAAGAGACAGGGAGCAUCGUUUAUUGGUAUUCUUGAUAUGGCAGGUUUUGAGAUAUUUGAGCUCAACUCUUUCGAGCAGUUGUGUAUAAAUUACACCAAUGAGAAACUUCAGCAGCUAUUCAAUCAUACUAUGUUUAUUCUGGAGCAAGAGGAAUAUCAGCGUGAAGGAAUCGAGUGGAAAUUCAUUGAUUUUGGACUAGAUUUACAGCCUACUAUUGACCUUAUUGACAAGCCGAUGGGUAUAAUGGCACUUCUAGAUGAAGAAUGUUGGUUUCCCAAAGCUACGGAUAAAUCAUUUGUAGAGAAACUUAUUAGUGCUCACAGUGUACAUCCAAAAUUCAUGAAGACAGACUUCCGUGGUUCAGCUGAUUUUGCUGUGAUACAUUAUGCAGGUCGUGUAGACUAUUCGGCACACAAGUGGCUGAUGAAGAACAUGGAUCCACUUAAUGAAAAUGUAGUAUCUUUGCUCCAAGCUUCCCAGGACUCCUUUGUUGUGCAAAUAUGGAAAGAUGCUGAAAUUGUGGGUAUGGCCCAGCAGGCAUUGACAGACACGCAAUUUGGUGCACGCACACGGAAGGGAAUGUUCAGGACUGUGUCACAGUUGUAUAAGGAGCAACUGGCACGUCUCAUGGUUACUCUGAGGAACACAAACCCAAACUUUGUUCGCUGUAUAAUUCCAAACCAUGAGAAGCGAGCUGGAAAAAUUGAUGCACCUCUAGUUCUGGAUCAGUUGCGUUGUAAUGGUGUCCUAGAGGGCAUUCGAAUUUGUAGACAGGGAUUCCCUAACAGAAUACCAUUCCAGGAAUUCCGGCAAAGAUAUGAGCUGCUGACGCCAAAUGUUAUCCCUAAGGGAUUUAUGGAUGGAAAGAAGGCGUGCGAGAAAAUGAUUCAAGCUCUGGAACUUGACCCAAAUCUCUUCAGGAUAGGACAAUCAAAGAUUUUCUUCCGUGCUGGUGUUUUAGCACAUUUGGAAGAAGAACGGGACUACAAGAUUACAGAUCUCAUUGUCAACUUCCAGGCAUUCUGCAGAGGAUAUCUAGCAAGGAGGAAUUUCCAGAAACGAACUCAGCAGCUGAAUGCAAUCCGCAUCAUCCAGCGGAACUGUGCAGCAUAUUUGAAGUUACGCAACUGGCAGUGGUGGAGACUUUAUACAAAAGUGAAGCCAUUGCUAGAGGUUACAAAGCAAGAGGAGAAGUUGAGCCAGAAAGAAGAUGAACUACGUCAAGUGCGUGAUAAACUGGAUCAACAGUUGCGUACUGCGCAAGAAUAUGAGCGCAAGUUUCAGCAGGCUGUGGAAGAGAAGAUAGCUCUGUCUGAACAGCUGCAAGCAGAGACAGAGCUCUGUGCUGAGGCUGAGGAAAUGCGUGCAAGGCUGUUGGCACGGAAGCAAGAACUGGAGGAACUCUUGCAAGAUAUGGAGGCACGCAUGGAGGAGGAAGAGGAGAGGGUGACCCAGUUAAACAAUGAAAAGAAGAAACUACAGCUCAAUAUACAGGACUUAGAAGAACAACUGGAAGAAGAAGAAGCUGCUAGACAGAAAUUACAGCUUGAGAAAGUUACUUGUGAUGCCAAAAUAAAGAAAUUAGAAGAAGAUCUGGCAUUGUCAGAUGAUACUAAUCAGAAGCUGUUGAAAGAAAAAAAGGUUCUAGAAGAACGAGCAGCAGAUCUAUCUCAAACCUUGGCAGAAGAAGAAGAGAAAGCAAAGCAUCUCAGCAAGCUAAAGGCGAAACAUGAAGCAACCAUUGCCGAACUUGAGGAGCGCCUGCUAAAAGACCACCAACAGCGUCAAGAGAUGGACCGUAGCAAGCGGAAAGUUGAAACCGAAGUCAGUGAUCUUCGCGAGCAGCUCAGUGAGAAGCGGAUACAGCUUGAGGAGAUGCAGCUUCAGCUUGGAAAACGAGAGGAAGAAUUAACACAGGCACUUAUGAAGAUUGAUGAAGAGGCAGCAAGCAAAGCACAAUCUCAGAAGGCAUUGCGCGAGCUGGAAUCACAAUUAGCAGAGCUUCAAGAAGACCUGGAAGCGGAGAAAGCUGCACGCAGCAAGGCAGAAAAACAAAAGAGGGAUCUUAAUGAGGAACUAGAGGCACUCAAGAAUGAGCUGCUCGACUCUCUAGACACAACAGCUGCCCAACAAGAGUUGCGUACCAAGAGAGAACAGGAAUUGGCAACCUUGAAGAAAACUUUGGAGGAGGAAGCCUCUCUCCAUGAAGUCACAGUGCAAGAAAUGAGACACAAAUAUAGCCAAGAGAUAGCAGCUAUCAAUGAACAGAUGGAAUCUGUCAAGAAGACAAAGGCGAGCCUAGAAAAAGCAAAACAGCAGCUAGAGGCUGAGAACGCAGACCUUACCCAAGAACUGCGAACUGCCGGGGCCAGCAGGCAAGAAUGCGAACGCCGAAGGAAGCAGGCAGAAGCCGCCUUGGCAGAGUUGCAGGCAAAAGCAGCAGAGGCUGAGAGAACCCGGGCAGAACUCGCCGAGAGGGCGACGCGCCUGGCACAAGAGGCCGAGGCUGCGCAGCAGCAGUUGGAGCAAGCUGAACUCCGUGCCUCUGCAGCAGCCAAGAGUGCUGCCACUGUAGAGUCACAGCUCGCUGAUGUUCAGGGCCAACUGGAAGAAGAGACACGACAGAAGCUGGCUAUCAGCUCGAGGCUGCGACAGCUGGAGAGCGAGCGGGAGGCUCUGCAGGAGCAGGUGGAGGAGGAGGAGGAGGCGCGGAGGGCGCUCGACAAGCAGCUGACGGCCGCUGCCAGCCAACUGCAGGAAGCCAAGAAGAGGCAGGAGGAAGACUUUGAGCAGAUACAGCAACUUGAGGAAGCAAAAAAGAAGAUGGCAAAGGAUAUUGAAGCAUUACAGAGACAAGUAGAGGAGCUUCAAGCAGCAAAUGAUAAAUUGGACAAAUCAAAGAAGAAAUUACAGGCUGAACUUGAAGAUGCCAACAUUGAUCUUGAAGCUCAACGUGCAAAGGUGCUGGAACUGGAGAAGAAACAGCGUAAUUUUGACAAGGUGCUAGCAGAGGAAAAGGCUGUAUCGGAGCAGAUAGCUCAAGAACGUGAUGCUGCAGAGCGUGAAGCACGAGAAAAGGAAACCAAAGUGUUGUCACUGACACGGGAGCUUGACGACAUGAGUGAAAAAGUUGAGGAGUUGGAACGUGGCAGGAGGCAACUGCAAGCUGAACUCGAUGAACUUGUGAACAGCCAAGGGACUGCUGAUAAAAAUACUUAGCUGCCGAACGCUCAACAACGCAGAAACUGGAAACUCAGCGCAUGUUGCUGGAACGGCAGAACAAGGAACUGAAGGCAAAACUUGUAGAACUUGAAACAGCACAGCGCACUAAGACGAAAGCUACAAUUGCCUCAUUGGAAGCGAAGAUAGCAAAUUUGGAAGAGCAGAUGGACACGGAGGUUAAGGAAAGACUAGCACAGCAGAAGCUGAACCGUAAGCAAGACAAGAAGAUAAAGGAGCUCACUCUGCAGCUGGAAGAUGAGCGUCGCCAGACUGACCAGUACAAAGAACAACUGGAUAAGAGCAAUGUAAGGGUAAAGGCUCUUAAACGACAACUUGAUGAAGCUGAAGAGGAAAUAAGCCGGGAGAAGGCUCAGAAACGUAAAGCUCAACGAGAAAUGGAAGAUAUGAUGGAAAGCCAGGAGACAAUGACAAGGGAGAUUAACAACCUCAAGAACAAGCUUAGACGUGGUGGUGGUGGACUGGCACUAAGCAGCUCAAGAUUAGCUGGUGGAACUAAGCGAGGAUCCAUCCAGACAGGUACUGGUGAUGACAGUUCUGCACAGGAUGACACCGUUGAUGGGGAAGAAGCCCCCAACUAAACAAACAAAAACAUGACUCCCAAUACUGUGGCCUCGGUCUCAUCUUCAUGUGCCUAAUAGUCUAAAUGGGAAGCAGCUUUCUGUAGUAAGCCUGCCCUGAUGACGUCAAUAGACUGCCAUUUGUUAUUUUUUAAAGCUACUUUUGUAAAAGUGUUACUCUCAGCAUUCUGAGGGACUUCUGUCAUUCCACUCUUUUUUUGCUUAAGUAAGUCUAGCAGUAUUGAAUACAGUUGGUAUUUUUUAUAAUCUACCACUAACACUGGACUAUUGGUACAAAAAGAUUUCCUUCAGAAGUGUGAAUUUAUUAAUCACUGUAAGCGUGAUGUUGUGGAAAUAGUGAUGAGUCACUGUUUGUUGCAUCUGAGAAGGUGCAAAAGUUUAAAGUGGAGAAGUUUAAUAUGCUGGAGGAGAGAGAGGACGCAGAAAUAAAGAUUCUGCUUAGUGUUACUGGAAAACAGCGAAAUGUUUUUGUACAGUCUUGCAGAGAAAUACAUAUUCAGUUUCUGCAUAAACAUUGAGAAAAAUGGUGACAGGUAUAAUUUUCAAAUGUUGAAAUAAAACAUUCAGAGAAGGGUGAAAUACUUUAAAUAAUUUAUGUGACAGUAAAACACUAUUACGUACUUAGUUCUAAACCUGUAUUUAAAUUCUUUUUAAGUUCUUGUAUUUUUAAAUGCAGGAAUGAAUGUUUGUGAAUGAAUGUACAUACGUAACAAAGAAUGUUUAUUCAUAAUAAAUGGAAACCGAAAUUUAUUAAUAAACAUAACUGAAAAACAACA